UUGUUGCUGUUUUUUUAUUUGUUUUGUUUUCUUUUGUUUUUAUAAAUUAAUAAGGGUUAACAGCUAGUGGCGAAGCUACUAUUUGUUUAGUGGAGGGGUAAAGGUGAUCUACGUUGCAGUGUUCAUGUUGCUUUUGUUGGUCCCUUUUUUUGUUUUUAUUUUAAUAAAAUAAUAAACGUCAACAAUUAGUGAUGUAGCUUCUGUUUGUUUACAUAGGGGUAAAGGUAGGAAAUAUUUUGGAUUAAGUCCCUAUUCUGUAGAAUGCUGCGUAGAAAGUAAUUGUGACUGUUCACUAUGUUUAUUUUUUGUGUAUAGAAACUUCCAAACUUCCCUUUAGGAACAAGUUCAACUACCGUAUUCCUUCUUCGUCGAAGCCUUUAUGAAAUUAUGGAAAACUCCGGUUGUAGUCAGCUCCAAGAAAAGUUCAAAUUUCUGAAAGAAGAGAUAAGAGAACGAACUAAAGUUUCCUCUGAAAAUAUGAAAGAAUUUAACGAGAGGAUAAAUAAAUUCUGUUUUGAUUUCAAAACUCGCUGGUAUGCAUCGGCAAGGAAGCAGCAAUAUUUCCUGCAGUCCAACAGAGAUUGGUUAGAUUCUUCGAUUGGUUUUAGCUGCUGUAAAACACAUAAACGGGGCCGCAUGGAGGUACCCUUUGAAGAAUGUAGUGAACCAACUAAACGCAAGAAAUCUUUAGCGCUUAGAAAGACUGCCCCUCUGCCUUUGCUAGUUCAUGCAACUCAAAUGGGUCUGAGAGCUGCGGGACAGUUAGAUGCGUCGAAAGUGAUGCAAGAAAUAUCGGAAUCACCGGCUAAUGCGACUAAGUACCGGUUAAGUGUUCAAAAUGCUGGAAAAAAUAAACAGAUGUCAAAAGAAGAAGCGUUGUCUGUUUUGGUAGAAGCUAAAUUGUCCCGUCAUCAGUACAACAUCAUAAGCCAGUCUGCUCCAGAAAAAUUUCCUUGCUAUACAUACGUGCAGUCUGCGAAAAAAGAUUGUUACCCUAAACGCGAAUGUAUUAAAAUAGAUGAAACUUCAGUAAAAGUGAGUUUGCAAGGCCUAUUAGAUCAUACCGUUGAACGUAUAAUGCUGUCACAAAAAGGUGUAUUUGAAAUACUUGAUGAGGAAAAUUUAUAUGAAUUAUGCUUGUACUCGAAAUGGGGCUUUGAUGGGAGUUCUGGGCAUAGCUUGUAUAAGCAAGUAUUUCAUGGCCCGAGUGCAAGCGAUUCAUCGGUAUUUAUAACUUGUAUAGUACCACUAAGGUUGGUUUACAAGACCAAAAUAAUUUGGGUGAACCCUCGUCCUUCAUCCACAAGGUAUUGCAGACCAUUAAAAAUGGAGUUUGUUAAAGAGUCUGCCGAAGUUUCGAAAACCGAAAAAGCACGGGUUGAUGCAGAAAUAAGAAACCUCGGAAAUUCUAUUGUAUUUAUUGACAAUAAACGUCUAGAAGUGCGUCACAAUUUAAUGCUGACAAUGGUAGAUGGAAAAGUCUGCAACGCACUUACGGGCACAAAGUCUACACAAUCAUGUUAUUUAUGCGGAGCUACAAGUAAGGAGUUAAACGACAUCGAUAAUAUGGUAAAAAGGGAGGUGAAUAUGAACAAUAUUCAAUUUGGUUUAUCGAUUCUUCAUGGUUGGAUACGAUUUUUUGAAUGCCUUCUCCAAGUGUCAUAUAAAUUUCCAAUAAAAAAAUGGCAAGCAAGACUAGUAGAUGAAAAAGAAAUUGUAUCUGAAAACAAAGCUCGUAUCCCAAAGGAGUUUAGGGAUAGAAUUGGUUUAAUUGUCGACCAACCAAAGCCUGGCUAUGGAAGCACAAAUGACGGCAAUACUGCAAGGAGAUUUUUUGAAAACGCUGAAGUUUCAUCAGAAAUUACAAAAAUUGAUGUUGAAUUAAUAACAAAAAUGCAUAUGUUGAUGAUUGCCGUUUCAAGUGGACAUGAAAUUGAAGUAGAGAAGUUUCGUCAAUUUGCUUUGAGUACUGCCAGAUUGUUUGUUCAAAAAUAUCCUUGGUAUUAUAUGCCUCCAACGCUGCAUAAAUAUUUUAUACAUGGACCGGAAAUAGUCUCUCAUGCAUUGUUGCCAAUAGGUCGAUUGUCCGAAGAGGCUCAGGAGGCCCGAAACAAAGACUUCAAACGUUUCAGGGAGGAUUUUGCUCGAAAAUGUAGUAGGCAGAAGGCAAAUGAAGACAUUUUUAAUAGGUUUUUGAUCACUUCAGAUCCUUUAAUAUGUUCUAAAAGAAAGCUGCCAAAGAAAAAAAUUCAAACUUUGCCUAAAGCAGUUGUGGAGCUCCUCAAACCCGCAAAAGAAGAUAAUGACAAAAAUGAUGAUAUCAAAUAUAAUGAUGAUUACGAAAGCAAAGAAGAAGACGAUGAUGAUGAUGUUUUUGCUAAUGACUCAAUGUCAGAUGAUUGA